AUUAUAUUUUGUACAUUUCUGCACCUUCUGCUUUUUAGAUAAUUAUAAGAUGGAAUCCCGUGAAACGGCGUGGUCUUCUUGGGAAGAAUGGCAACAAGUCCGAAAACUUUUGUAUAGUUUUGAUGACAUAAACAUGCUUAAAAAUGGUGUACAUAUGGUAAAUGCAUGGAGAAGUAGAUUACGUGUUGGUGCAUUACCAGUGUCAGUGGAGUUAACAGCUAGUUUAAUUGUAUCCUAUUUAGUGAGUGUCCAACAUAGUGAUACAGAUGACCACCUACGUUUGAGCAUUGCUAUGGCUCUUGUUCGUUUUGUGAAUGGCAUAACAGAUCAGCUUCAGACAGGUUUAUAUGCACAAUCGGUGCAGUUAAUAGCUGAUAAAAUUAACAUCCCUGAUUGGUUAGUAGAUCUCCGACAUCAAGCAACUCAUUCGCAACUCCCUGGUGUAGAAGUACUGCAAUCUGGUCUGAUGGUUGCGCUAACGUGGCUUGAUGAAAAUUAUUGGGAGGAGACUUCAUUGAUAAUGGAAGAAAAGUUUAAUGAUCAACAUGCUGGAAUCAAGGAGGGUCUGGCGAAUUAUGUUGCACUCAUACUUCAUGUAAAUAGUGAUGAAUCAAAAAAGGAUGAGAACUUCAAGCUAAGAAAAAAAAAUGAAAAGAAAUGUGCUGAUCAAUUUACUGAUAUCUCGAAACGUCUAUUAAAAAAUCUCCACAAUGGCAACCUUAAAAUCUUUAUUUCUUAUUUUCUUGCUGAAGGAAACUUUGUGCCAGAUCAGGAUAUCUUACGUUCAUUGGGCAUAAAAUAUUUUAAAUUUCGUGUUGAUGCCGAUGAUGACAUUUUCUCCAAAAUUGAUAUUCUUGUUGAAUUCUGGAAGCCAUUAUUUGCUGUUGUGACUAAACAGUUUUCUUCAUUUGUAGCUCUAUUGUCAGUGGAAUUGUCUUUAAAAUUUAAAUUAAGCAAAACCGAAGACCUCUACAAUUUGUAUUUGAUAUCAAUGUACAUGCUGUAUAAAAUAGAUAAACUAUCACUAAAACACUUCAUGCCAAGCCUUGUAAGGUGUCCUAGUCAUUUUGGGUUUCAGGUUUUAAGGGUGGUGCUAAGGGCUGAAAAUAAUCCAAAUAAGAACUUUACUAGUUUGUUAGACGUUUUCAUGCCAGUUACAGAUUCGUUGCAAAGAAGUCACAGUGUUGACGAGGUAACUAAAAGGAUUUAUCUUGAUGAUAGUGCUAACUUCAAGAAGUCUUAUGAAAUACUUCAAAAAUUAAAAUCAAUGCAUGAAACCAAAUCCAGUGGUACUUCAUCAGCAAGAUGGAAGAUGUUAGAUGAAAAUGAGUUGUUAGAGUUACCACCUAUGGGCGAAUUUAAAGACAUACAACAUAAACAAUAUCUUGAUUUGUCUAAACAUCCCGUGGAUUUAAAUGAAAAUGAGAAUGUUAUGGAGAAUGAAAACAUGGGAGUUGAUUCUAUAGAAAAUAUUUUAACAGGAGAGUCUUUAACUAAAUCUAUUAAUCAACUUUUUACAGAUGAUGUUAUACGAAUCUCAGAUUACGACAGCAGCAACUGCUCAGAUGAAACAGAUGAAUAUCGCUUGGAGAAAGAAGCAUUGUGGGAUGUUGAUUUUAAAAUUGGAUAUGACUCAUUGGGAAAGACAGAGGAAGAGGAGCAAAGUUUGAAAAACAUUUUUGCCAAUAUUGAGCACACAAAUAUUAAUUUUUUCUAAACAUUGUAUUUUUACAUUACUGAUAUUCUGGUUCAUAGAAAUGUGAAUACAAUGCCUUUCUUGGUAAACAAA